AUGUCUCUCUUGUCAGAUGUGAAAAGGUUGUUUGAUGAAGAACUACAGAAACAUGCUGAUCGUAUUAGACACCAACUUGCAAUGGGGGUGAAGAAGCCUUAUAAAGAGGUGGUGGAUGUCAGCUCUGCCGAUGCCCACCGGACAGGAAUGGCCCCCAUAACCUUUAUGCGACAGGUCCUCGCCACAUGCCUUUAUCCUGAUCUCCUCCUUGAUGACACACUUCCAGUGGAUGUGCGACAGAGGGCAGAGAGGAUGCUGGAACACUGUGAUGGAGGCAGUGUUGGUGCAUACUCAGAAUCGUGUGGGCUGAAGAGUGUGCAGGUUAGCGUGGCCAAUUUCAUCUCCAGGAGAGAUGGGGGCCUGGCCUCUAACCCAAAGAAUAUCUUCAUCUCCACUGGGUCAUGUCGAGGAUUAAUGAUCAUCCUGAAGCUACUUGUGUGGGGGAGUGGUCAAACCCAGCCUGCGGUCAUGAUCCCUGAACCACACCCUCACACUCUGCCGCGGCUCUUGGAAGACGCCGGACUAGCGGCACUCCCUUAUAAGCUACAGGUGAAGAGGGGCUGGACCUGGGAGAAGGACGCGCUCCAGCGGGUCAUCCAGCACUCCAGGGGGCGAUGCAACCCCAGAGCAAUUUACAUCUCAAACCCAGGAGAUCCUACAGGACACGUACAGGACAGGAACACCAUACAGGAUGUCAUACGGUUUGCAGCAGAGGAAAACCUCCUUUUACUGGUGGAUGAGGUUUACCAGGACUGUGUGUUUGGAAAGGACUGUAAGUUCCUGUCCUAUAAGAGAGUGCUCUUUGAGAUGGGUCCCAUCUACUCAGGCUCAGUGAAGAUGGCGUCUCUCAACUCCCUCUCCAACGGCACCCUGGGAGAGUGUGGCAUGAGAGCGGGGUAUAUGGAGCUGGUCAACUUUGAUGACGCUGUGCUGCCAUUCGUGGAAGUCUUGCUCACUGGGGACAUCAGCCCUCCUGUGAUUGGUCAGAUUGGGCUUGAUGUCAUGGCUAACCCACCGUGUCCUGGCGAGCCGUCUCAUAGAAGAUAUAUGCAGGAGUUGUUGUCUUAUAAGAAUACUCUAAGGCAAAAUGUCGAGAGGGGGCGGACCUUUCUCAGUUUGCUGCCAGGAGUCCAUUGCCCACCUGUGAUGGGAGGAGUCUACCUCUACAUACACCUCACAUUACCACAGGCCAUUGGGAGGAAUGCUGGGCCCCUGUACUGUGGAAGACUCUUGGAGGAGGAGGUAAUGAAGGUGUUUGAGAAGGUGAUGAAGCAGGUGAUUCAGGUGCAGGGGUCCUUAGACCCCAUGCAGUUUGCAUAUAGAGUUGGUAGAGGUGUGGAGAAUGCCACUCUGACGUUGCUGAACAGUCUGUAA